UCCAUGAUCGUGCCUAGUUGGAACUCGGCACAUUGUCGAUGUUAAAGAUCGAGUAUCUGUGCUUGUGUGUGUACGUGGUAAUCGAAAACAGCUGGACGUCGUUGUAUGUCCAGUCUUGUGGCCCUCGACUGCGUCUACAUACAAAGAUCUUCACAGGGAGAGUAACCAACAGCGAGGGACCAGCUCUCUCGUCUUAACCGAUCACGGACGCCCUUUUCCUCAAUGUCUGUAUUUGCUUGGGAUAGACUUGUCAUACCAGGAAGACAGGACAUCGGUGCUGAGGGAUGACAAUGAUGAAACAAAGCUGACAGAUAUCUUGGUGCUCACGUCCCAGACAGGGAGGGACGAACUUGAUAAUGUGACAAGUCUUGCUUCUUUCCAGUGAUAACAAGGAGGGGGGGUGUGCAUCUUUGACGAUGGUCCCGGCUGAUGCCUUUCCGGGUUACCAAUAAGUCGAGUGCUUCCAACUCGCAGCCGUUGGGCCUCAUCAAGAAUGUCACUGCUCCCGGUAGCCACUCACCAUUGCAUCAAGCCUACAAUCUGGUCAUCAAGACAUCGGAACCGGUAAGAGAGUUCUUCCACCGCUUCGCCGACUAAUUAGACACUGUCGGUUGAUUUCGCGCGCUCAGAGGUCUACGGCCAAGAUUUCGAAGACCCCUCGUCGUUGAACUCCUAUGGUACUGGUGGGGAGGCAGAAAGCGCCUUGGAAAAGGGCCUCAACAGCUUGGUUUCCGCAUAUACGGCCAGUUAAUAGCAUGGGUAUGGAUAGGAUAUAUUGUUCCAAGCCGUUUCGCAAACGUGCUUUCAGCUUUUCAUAAUGGCACUCAAAACACCGCCUCCGUGAUAGUUUCCACAGGCGAAAACAACCAUGUCACUUUUUCUUCUCA